CCUCAUCUCAACUUCACUGGAUCUUCGAGAGCAACACCGUCGUCAGUGUUGGCAUGGCCACCGUCAACAUCUCCACCCACAACUUCGAGGCCGGCGCCUCCAUUCUCCACCCCAGGAACUUGCACGCUUUUGAACUACACCAAGCUCCUCAACUUCGCCGUCAAAAGCCCCUCCUCCUCCUCUUCUGCACUUCAAAUCAAAGCUUCCCUUUGCUGAUAAGAUUGUUUUGCUUUCCAAUUCACUCGUCAUGCUCUUCAGAUACGGCUUCUCCCUUGUCAGGAUGGACAAGGUUGUUGAGAUAAGAUUGUUUGGCAUCUUAUUAAUUUAUUGGGUGUUAAUUUGGUGAAGUCCUUGCCUAUGAGAAUCAUCAAUCCUGCUACUGAAGAAAUCAUGGAUCUAGAAGGAGGAGAGGGAUAGUCGUUGGUGCAGUGGUGGUGGUCGGUGUUGAGCGGGAGUGGGAGGGACGGCGGCGGUCCUAGGGACAAGGACUCAUUUUGAAAAACUAACGAGGGUGUAGGAAAGUUUCAUUAAACAUGCACUGUUGCUCUGCAUGUUUUGGAAAAGGGCUAGAUUUUCAAAGCUAUGUUUUGCUGCUUGAGCUUUUAGUCUUUUUUUUCACCCUCAAUUUAAAAAAGCUGGUUUUAGAGUGUUUACCAAACACUAAAAAGACCCCAAUUUAUCUUCAUACCUGCAUUUUUUUUUUUAAUUUCAGCUGUACCAAACUGGUACUAAGAGCCACAGACUUUCUUUAAUUACACUAUAUUUUUGUUGCACCUUACAAGAGUGGUAUUUAAUCAAUCACAUAAACAUGUACCUAACAAAUAAUAUAGUGCAUCCUCUAUGGAUAUGAAAAACUGCAACAAAUUUCAAUGUUAAUCCAGGUGUGCGUAGGAGCGAUAUGUUUGUAACUACCUCCAGGGUAUAUGUAUGAUGGCUCAUCAGAAAUUUUUGAAUGAUGGCUUAUCAGAAAUUGGAAACCAAAAUAGCUCCCAUAAUUGAUUAGGGGCUAUAUCUAUGAUGGCUUAACAGAAAUUUUUAUCUAUAAUAAUGCUUUGCACUUCGAAAACUAGCUAGUUAUUUCUCAUUGAUUUUGUUAAUAUAUCUUCUUGUAUUUCUUGGGUAUUUAAUGUUCUUCACAAUAUUCACUUUACAAAGUUCAAGCUCUAGUCAAGUUUGAUUUACUCUUCGUUCUGUUCUAAACGCAGAUCUUCUACGGCCCGGGCUCGUACUCGAAUAUUUCGUACUAUCUGUCGGGGCAAAAUUUCUACUUGGGGCACCAUUCGUGACUGCGUUUUUGAUCUAUACAUGGAAAAGAAGACAUUUGUCAAUGUACAACUCCAUAGAAGAAUUUUUGCAUGGUGAAAAGACUUUAGUGCCAAUAAGGUACUCGUACUCGAACAUCAAGAAGAUGUCUAACAAAUUUAAAGAAAAACUUGGUGAAGGAGGGUAUGGAUCAGUUUUUAAAGCAAGGUUACGGAGUGGACGUUUUGGGGCAAUUAAGAUGUUGGAUAAGCCCAAAGGCAAUGGACAAGAUUUCAUCAGCGAGGUAAAUACGAUUGGGAGGAUUCACCAUGUUAAUGUGGUUCAGCUUGUUGGUUAUUGUGUUGAAGGAACAAAGCAUGCUUUGGUAUAUGACUUCAUGCUCAACGGAUCUCUUGAUAAAUACAUUUAUUGCAAAGAAGGAAGUAUCCCAUUAAGUUGCAAGACAACGUACGAGAUUGCACUUGGAGUGGCCCGAGGGAUCAAAUAUCUACAUGAAGGUUGUGACAUGCAAAUUUUACAUUUUGACAUCAAGCCUCACAAUAUUCUUCUUGACGAGAAUUUCGUACCAAAGAUUUCUGACUUUGGGCUGGCAAAAUUAUACCCGGUAGAUAAUAGUAUUGUGUCUCUAACAGCAGCAAGGGGUACAAUGGGAUACAUGGCUCCUGAGCUAUUCUACAAGAAUAUUGGCGGUGUUUCGUUUAAAGCGGAUGUUUAUAGUUUUGGAAUGUUGUUGAUGGAAAUGGCAAGCCGAAGGAAGAAUUUGAAUGCAUUGGCAGAGCAUUCAAGCCAACUUUACUUCCCGUCAUGGGUUUACAAUCAAUAUAAUGAAGGAAAAGACUUCGAGGUGGGAGAAGUUGUGGAGGAGGAAAAACCAUUAAUAAGAAAAAUGAUUAUAACCGCCUUGUGGUGUAUACAAUUGAAGCCAAGCGAUCGACCAUCAAUGAAGGAAGUCCUACAGAUGCUCGAGGGAGAUGUUGAAUUGCUUCGAAUGCCUCCGGAGCCUCUUCUAUAUCCACAAGAGAUGCCCGUAGGUGCUCCUAAUGAUAAUCCGAAUCCAUCAUAUUCCAAGGUGGAGUUAACAUCUUCUUUGACGGGUAGGUGAAGACACGCAACUAGCAUGGACUCUGUCAGUUUGAAUCUCAAUGCAAUGUUUCUGGUUUUGUAGUCGUACUGUGUGCAUGUACAUUGAAUGUUAAAACUCCCUUUCAGUGAUGUUAAAUAUGUUGUUUAGUACAACAUAUUUUCAUGAUUCCAGGGAUAAAUAACAUAUUUCAUGAAGGACAUGUUGUAUGAUUCAUGAAGACGAUAUUUUCUAAUUUUUGUUCCAAGAAAUUAUUAGUUGUGAUGAUUGUUCGCUCGUGCUG